GAAGCCUCCAGAUCGUUCCUGAAGGAUCCGCCGGCUGUUUCAGGAAGGGCAGCGAGAUCCGGUGCCACAGCAGAGCGUUCUCAGUUUGGGUCUUGCAGGCGACAAGUGACAUUGACUUAGCCAGGUGAAGAUCUCUGGAGACCAUGACCAAGCAAAGAAUUGCUGUGAUUGGGGGAGGAGUGUGCGGGCUCACGUCUAUCAAGUGCUGCCUAGAUGAAGGCUUGGAACCUGUCUGCUUUGAAAGGACCAAUGACAUCGGAGGGCUCUGGAGGUUUCAGGAAAAUCCUGAAGAAGGAAGGGCCAGUAUUUACAAAUCAGUGAUCAUCAAUACUUCUAAGGAGAUGAUGUGCUUCAGUGACUACCCCAUCCCAGAUCAUUAUCCUAACUUCAUGCACAACUCCCAGGUCAUGGAGUAUUUCAGGAUGUAUGCCAAAGAAUUUGAUCUUCUGAAGUAUAUUCAAUUCAAGACCACUGUGUGCAGUGUGAAGAAGCGGCCUGAUUUCUCUACUUCAGGCCAAUGGGAGGUAGUCACUGAGUGUGAAGGGAAGAAGGAGGUGGGUGUCUUCAAUGGAGUCAUGGUUUGCACUGGCCAUCACACCAAUGCUUACCUACCCCUGGAUAGUUUCCCUGGGAUUGAGAAGUUCAAAGGACAGUACUUGCACAGUCGAGACUAUAAGAACCCAGAGGGAUUCACUGGAAAGAGAGUCAUUAUAAUUGGCAUUGGGAAUUCUGGAGGGGAUCUGGCUGUGGAGAUUAGCCACACAGCCAAGCAGGUUUUCCUUAGCACCAGGAGAGGGAGUUGGAUUCUGAAUCGUGUGGGGAACUAUGGAUAUCCUUUUGAUGUGGUGUUCAAUUCUCGAGUUAAAUAUUUUGUGACGAAGAUUUGUAGUCAAUCAUUAUUAAACACAUUUUUGGAAAGAAAGAUGAACCAAAGGUUUGACCAUGAAAUGUUUGGCCUGAAGCCUAAACACAGAGCUCUAAGUCAGCAUCCAAUGGUAAAUGAUGACCUCCCAAAUCGAAUAAUUUCUGGCAUGGUGAAAGUGAAAGGAAACGUGAAGGAAUUCACAGAGACAGCUGUCAUAUUUGAGGAUGGCUCCAGGGAGGAUGACAUUGAUGCUGUUAUCUUUGCCACAGGCUAUAGCUUUGCCUUUCCUUUUCUUGAAGAUUCUGUCAAAGUAGUAAAAAACAAGGUAUCCCUGUAUAAAAAGGUCUUCCCCCCUAACCUGGAAAGGCCAACUCUUGCCAUCAUAGGCUUGAUUCAGCCCUUGGGAGCCAUUAUGCCCAUUGCAGAGCUUCAAGGACGCUGGGCCACUCAAGUAUUUAAAGGACUAAAGACUUUGCCCUCAAAAAGUAAAAUGAUGGAAGAAAUAACUAAGGAUCAAGAGAAAAUGGAAAAAAGGUACGUGGACAGCCAACGCCAUACCAUUCAGGGAGACUAUAUAGAUACCAUGGAAGAGAUUGCUGAUUUGCUGGGGGUCAGGCCCAAUCUGCUGUCUCUCGCAUUCACUGACCCAAAGUUGGCAUUACAUGUAUUAUUGGGACCCUGUACUCCAAUCCAGUAUCGUUUGCAGGGCCCCGGAAAGUGGGAUGGGGCUCGUAAAGCUAUCCUCACCACAGAUGAUCGGAUUAGGAAGCCUUUGAAGACAAGAGUAAUUGAAAAAAGUAAUUCCACAACUUCAAUAAUGACAAUGGGCAGGUUUAUUCUGGCUGUUGUUUUCUUUGCUGUAACUAUGGCUUAUUUUUAGCUGUCCCAUUAUCAUUGCCAUGGCUUACCUUGGAAAGCUUGAUCUGGAGAUGCCUUCGGAAUCUGACAAGAUUGAAUGACUCUCAGCUUCAUAUAGAAAUCUACUUUUGUCUUUCAAAAGCAUUAAUCCUCUUUCCUAUUUUUCCUACAGUGAAAUCCCAGUUUUUUGUUUGUAUUGACUCAUGUCCUUCUUCUCAUGACCCAUCACUUUUUCCUUCCAGUAAUCCCUAGACUGUGAGCUUAGGUACACUUUUAGUCAUCUUUGCAUAUCCUUAGCAGAGUUCUUGAUAUCUGCUAAAUAAAUGCUUGCAGUUGUUAUCAAAUAUUAUAGUAGGGAGCAUAAGUUAGCAUCUGUAUAAGAAAUGGCUAACUCUGUGUAACUCUUCUUCUGAUGAGAUUUGGUUUUCUAUUAGGAGUUCAAUUUUUUAAAAAAAUAUUAUAACCAAAUGUAUGUAUCCUGAGAGAUAAGAUAAAUAAUGGUCUUAUAGUAGUUGUACGUAUCUGUAUUAGUCCAUUUCUGUGGCUUAUAACAAAAUAUCUGGAACUGGGUAAUUUAUAAGAAAACAAAAUUUAUUGCUUACAGGUUUGGAGGCUGGGAAGUCCAAAGUCCGGGGAACACAUCUGGUGAGGGUCCUCCUUGGUAGUAACACAGGAGUUUCACAUGGAAGAAGUUGGUGGAACAGACAGAGAGCUCCUCAUGCAUUCUCCUUUUAAAACCCCCCAAACCAGGCCCAUGACCACCACUAAUCCAUCAACUUAUUACUCAGUGAAUGGAUUAAUCCAGUCACUAGGCAUAGUCCUCACACUCUUCAAGUCCAAUCACCUCUUCAAGGCCCCACCUUUCAAUUACCUUAAUACAAUUUCCCACCAUCUUAACAGUCACAGUGGAGAACAAGCUACUAAUGUAUAAAACUUGGGAAGCACAAUCCAUAUUAGUAUCUGAGAUAAGACAUAUAGAUCCUUAAGACAUUUUAUUUCACUUGCUAUUCACUAGUGUACCUGAUACCUGGUCAUUUUUACUCAUUUUCCUAAGCAACAUGUCUUCAUUUUCUCAGUAUAGAAACUACCUUCAACUUUAUAUGUUUUGUAGGUCAUUCUAAUAGUCUAACAUCUGCCAAUAGCUUCACCUUGGUUGAGAAGUUUGGGAUUUUUAAAUUAGCUCUGCUAUUUUUUAUCUCUUAGUUCCCAUAUUAGGAUUCAACAGAAUAUCUUACAAAAUAUAAGUAGCUGCCAACUGUGGUAGUGUGGUCUAUAAAUGUGAUUUGUCUCCCCUGAUUCUAACUUUCUCCCUUUCCCCCUCCCUUACAUGGAGUCUAAGCAACAAGUAUUUGAAGGGGUAAUUUGUGUAUUAAAUUAGAAUUGAUAUUAACUAAACGUAGGGGCAUUCUGUGUAUAGCAGUUUUUCUUAUGUCAUACAGUAUAGUUCUAAAAAACAAAGCAAAUGAAAUGGAAAGUAGGGACUUGGGUUUACAUCUCAGUGCUGCUGAUGACUCUAUUUACUUAUCUGUAGAACUUUUGCUCUGUUCUUGUUUCAUGGCAAAAUUAACUAAGUGUCAGCUGUCAGACAUGCUCAACUCAUGAAGAGAGGUACUGGAAGUACCAGUGAGGUGUAUGUUCAUAAAUAGCUGUUGUGCAAUAUGUUGGUAUGUUUUUGGAUUGCUGCCUCUUACUUAACACCCGAAAUAAACAAAUUUGCACAACUGAAAGAACAACAUUAGAAAUUAUCAUCUUGCCUAAUACAAACAUGUGUAAGAGAGCCAGAAAGGUGAGAACUACAACUUCUUCCUAAUCAUGUAACUGUAUGGACAACUGCCUUCCAUUUCCUCUAAUUUACCUGUGGAAAUGCCUUUUGAGAGUCAGAGAAUUGAGAACUGGUAUUACUUCUUAGGUCUUUUUCCUUUCCUAACCCUUGUGAUAUUGGGGAUUUGUCAUCUAGUAAAAUGGACCUAGCAUUUUUCAAUCUGCAGAUUACUCUAGUUCAAAAGUAAAUUAAGGUCUCUUGUUUCUUUUUGAUUUUCUUCUUUUAAAAUAUAAAUUUGCCUCUCUUUUAGCAUGUAAAUUUGUUGAA